UUGCCUCUCGCCUUUUUAACCCAAAAUAACGGCAUCUUCUCUCUCCCAGUCCCCCUCACUCUCCUCCUUUGCCCGUGUAGAUUUUCCGCAGAAAUAUUUCUCUUGCAAAUUGCGUUCCUGCAUUUUCUCCAACUCUUGAUACGAAGAUUUCCCGAGAUCCCAGUUGCUAGCCUUACCACUCCUGAUUCCCCUAUUCUUUCUACCCCAUUCGUUGUUCAAGUUUUCUGUUAGUAUUUGUCUGUCUUGAUGGUAGUAAAGAUGAUGCGGUGGCGGCCGUGGCCGCUCCUCGUUUACCGGAAAUAUGAGGUGAGACUCGUCGUGAGGAGGUUGGAGGGUUGUGAUCUGCUACGGGAUUGUGCGGAGAAGGGGACUGCUGAAGCUAGAUUGACAGUCGAAAUUAAGUGGAAGGGUCCUAAGUUAACCUUUGGUUCGUUGCGGCGCGUUUUGGUCAGAAACUUUACCAGGGAGGUGUACGGCGACCCCCACAACGGCGUCGUUGACUGGGACGAGGAGUUUCAGAGUUUGUGCACUCUCUCGGCUCACAAGGACAAUGCGUUUCAUCCUUGGGAGAUCGCUUUCGCGGUCUUUCAUGGAUUAAAUCAGAGGCCUAAGAACAAGGUUCCUGUGGUUGGAACGGCGUCACUGAAUCUUGCUGAAUUUGCAUCAGCAGAUGAUCAGAAAGACUUCGAUUUAAACAUCCCACUCACGCUCCCCGGAGGUUCUGUUGAACCCUGUCCUGUGCUUUGCGUAUCGGUUAACUUAGUGGAGCUGAGAGAUGCUCAAGAAAGUAUAGAUCAAGUUCAGAGAAGUAUAAUCCCUGUAACAUCUCCAACCCAGCCAGGAGAUUCUACCCUGGCAGAGAAAGAUGAGCUUUCUGCAAUCAAAGCUGGUCUUAGAAAGGUAAAGAUUUUCACAGAGUACGUAUCCACUCGGAAAGCAAAAAAGGCAUGCAGUGAGGAAGAGGGCAGUGAAUGCAGAUGCUCUGCCAGGAGUGAGGACGGCGAUGGCGAUUAUUCUCUCGACUCUGACUCACUUGAUGAUUAUGGAGAAGGAGAUUCAGAUGAGGGAAAGGAAGAUAUCAGCGUGAGAAAGUCAUUCAGUUAUGGAAAACUGGCCUAUGCUAAUGCUGGAGGGACAUUUUAUUCCAGCUUGAGGGUAAAUGAUGAUGAUGAGGACUGGGUUUACUACAGCAACGGCAAGUCAGAUGUGGGGUGCUUGCAGAUGGAUGAUUUAUCUGUGACGUCUUCUGAGCCUUCUCUUUUGCCAAGUUCAAAACGUAGUAUAUUGCCAUGGAAGAAGAGAAAGUUGAGUUUCAGAUCACCUAAAGCUAAAGGGGAGCCCUUGUUAAAGAAGGCCUAUGCAGAAGAAGGUGGUGAUGACAUAGAUUUUGAUCGUCGCCAACUUAGUUCUGAUGAAUCCAUUACUCUUUGGUUGCACAAGACUGAGGAUGACUUGUGCGCAAAUCGAUGUUCAAUCUCUGAAUUUGGAGAUGAUAAUUUUGCCAUUGGGAGUUGGGAGCAAAAAGAAGUAAUGAGUCGUGAUGGUCGCAUGAAGCUUCUGACUCAGGUCUUCUUUGCCUCAAUUGAUCAGCGCAGUGAACGUGCGGCUGGUGAGAGUGCGUGUACAGCCCUUGUAGCUGUAAUUGCUGAUUGGUUUCAAAACAAUCGUGAUCUCAUGCCCAUAAAGUCCCAGUUUGAUAGCCUAAUUCGAGAAGGUUCAUUAGAAUGGAGAAACUUGUGCGAAUAUGAGACCUAUAGGGAGAGAUUUCCAGACAAACACUUUGAUCUGGACACAGUAAUUCAAGCCAAAAUACGUCCCCUUUCUGUGGUUCCUGGGAAAUCCUUUAUUGGUUUCUUCCAUCCAGAAGGAAUGGAUGAAGGAAGAUUUGAUUUUCUGCAUGGCGCCAUGUCUUUCGAUAACAUUUGGGAUGAAAUUAAUCGUGCAGCGCAGGAGUGCCCUAGCAAGGCUGAACCCCGUGUUUAUAUUGUGAGUUGGAAUGACCAUUUUUUCAUCCUCAAAGUAGAAGCAGAUGCUUAUUACAUCAUUGACACUUUGGGGGAGAGGCUUUAUGAAGGAUGUAAUCAGGCUUAUAUACUAAAAUUCGAUGACAGCACAGUGAUAAACAAGAUGAAAAAUGUAGCGCAGUCAUCAGAUGAGCAAACUGCUGCAAUAGCAUCAGAGCGCAAUAACAGGCAGGGCCAGCAAGUCAACAGCAAGGAGGUAGAUUCUAGUGUGGAGCCAGAAGAGCAGUUGAACGACGAGCAGGAAGAGGAGCUUGUGUGCCAAGGGAAGGAAGCUUGUAAAGAGUACAUUAAAAGCUUCUUGGCUGCAAUUCCUAUCAGGGAAUUACAAGCUGAUGUCAAGAAAGGCUUAAUAUCAUCUACACCACUUCAUCACAGAUUGCAAAUUGAGUUCCACUUCACCCAGUUGUUACCAUCACAUACUGUAGUUCCACUGAUCCCAGCACUCAUGGAUGCACCCGUGAAUCUUGCCCUUUCAGUGACUGAGGUUCUGGCAUAAAUCUUAAUUAACACUGAGCCAAGGGUGUUGGUUGUUUGUCCUGAAUUCUGAGCGUUUCCGGUUUUGAAGUGAAAUUAACUAAAGAAAAGCCUAACGGUGAGCUAAGCCUGUGUAAUUUUUGUCACCCCCACCCCUCGGGAAAAAAAAAAAAGUUUUCUCUUCCCUUUUUUACUUGGGAAGGAUAUGUAAAUGGCUCCUAAUUUCCUUUUUUAAGCAAGCGCAAACUUUUGGUAUCUGACAUGUAAUUCUGAAAGAUUCUGCUCGUGAAUGGUUUAUAUAGCUUUUGGCAGAAUUUUCAUACAGAUUUUUAUUUCUUA